AUGUCAUUAAAUUUUAACAAAUUAAUUUUACAAGAUAUAAUGUCGCGUAGAGAAUCCUUACAUGCACUUGACUUGAAUGAAGAGAAUGUUAUCAUCAAAGAAGAAUCCGAAUAUUCAGCUGAAGAAGAUGAUGACGAUGAUGCGGAUGAUGAAUCUAACAGUCAACUUGGUGAUCGUCAUGAUGAUGAUGAUGAUGGUGAGAGUGAUUCCAAACUUUCAAAUUAUACCGAUGAAGAAACAAAUAUCAAUAAUACUGAAACACAGUCAGGAAAAUGUUCACAAAAAUUUAGACUUAUUUCAGCUUUAAAUAAUCUACGAUUAGCUGUAGAUAAACAAGCAAAAUUACAAUCAUUAUUGAGUGAUUAUAAACAAAAAGAUACAAUUCAAGAUUCAAGAGUAUUAUCAUCGAAAUUGUCAACAGUAAAAGAAUACAAUAAUAAUCAAACAACUAAUGAUCUGAACGAUCAAACUAAUAAUUUGUUGGCAAUCACAACACCACAUCAUAAAAUGGAUGUUGAAAAAAAAGCAGGUGAAAUUGAAAGUGAACAGAAAGAUGAGACUAGUUGUCUUACAAUGAGUAAAUCAAUUCAGUCGAAAGUGACACGUAGAUCAUUGAAAAAACAACAUCAACAUAAUGUACCGGAUGUAUCCAUGUCUUCAGCGGAUAAAGAUGCUUUGGCAUUUAGAAGAAAUGAACGUUUAUCCAAAAGAAAAGAGAAGGUAUCAGUACAAAUUCGUGUUGUAUUUUUAAAAAUUGGUGAAAUCGAUACACUGAAAGAAAUCUAUCACGCUGAUGCAUUUAUUCAAGCUAAAUGGCGAGAACCUCGUCUUGACGGUAAAACAGAUGAAAAUCUUCGUAAAAUAGAUUUACAACGUUGUUGGAAUCCUCUCAUACUUAUUGAUAAUAUACUCAGUGAAUCUAAAGAACAACAUUGGAUCAUAGCAGAAAGAAAUGAACAUGAUGAAAUUUUCAUUGUUGAACGUCGCCGGUUAAGAGGUGUAUUUUUGGAGACAUUAGAAUUGAAUGAUUUUCCAUUGGAUGUUCAAGCAAGCAGACGUAGAAGAGAGAUGGUAGAGCGAGAUCGAUUAUAUAAGAAAUGUAUGCAAGCAUCGAAAGCAUUAUGA